GCGCUGCACUGCGUUCCCCCGCAUUCAUUCACUCCUCAACCCACCAACACUGCCUCGUUUUCACCAUCAGAUCCCGACCUCUGAAGCGUUUCCUCCAGCGGAUUUUCCUUAUCAUCAUGGCUGCUAACUUCGGACGGAUUUUGUCCUCCAGGAGGAGACUGGGUCUGCUGUCUCUGGUGGGCGCAGGUUCUCUCAGUGCUGGAUUGUAUCUGAACAGAGAGAAUGUGAGCGCUGCAGCGCAGGUCCGGAGACUGUACCCGGCCAGUGCAGAAUACCCGGAUUUACGGAAGCAUAACAACUGCAUGGCCAGUCACCUGACACCUGCCUUAUAUGCCAAGCUGUGUGACAAAGCCACUCCAAGUGGCUUUACACUGGAUCAGGCCAUUCAGACAGGUGUGGACAACCCUGGGCACCCGUUCAUUAAGACUGUAGGCAUGGUGGCAGGAGAUGAGGAGACAUACGAGGUGUUUGCUGAUCUUUUUGACCCAGUCAUCACUGAAAGACACAACGGCUAUGACCCACACACUAUGAAGCAUCCUACUGACCUUGAUUCCAGUAAGAUACGGGGUGGUAUGUUUGAUGAGAAAUAUGUGUUGUCGUCGAGGGUGCGGACGGGCCGCGGUAUCAGAGGUCUGAGUCUGCCUCCGGCCUGCACACGUGCUGAGCGCAGAGAGGUGGAGCGGGUGGUGGUAAACGCCCUUUCUGGGUUGCAGGGUAACCUGGCAGGCAAAUACUACAGUCUGACUGAGAUGACUGAGGAAGAACAACAGCAGCUCAUUGAUGAUCAUUUCCUGUUUGAUAAGCCAGUUUCGCCUCUUUUGACAUGUGCAGGAAUGGCACGGGAUUGGCCAGACGCUAGAGGCAUCUGGCACAACAAUGAGAAAACCUUCUUAAUAUGGGUCAACGAAGAGGACCACACUCGGGUUAUCUCCAUGGAAAAAGGGGGCAACAUGAGGAGGGUCUUCGAGCGCUUCUGCAGGGGCCUUCAAGAGGUGGAGAGGUUGAUUCAGGAGAAAGGCUGGGAGUUUAUGUGGAAUGAGCACCUGGGUUAUGUCCUCACCUGCCCAUCCAACCUUGGCACAGGGCUGCGAGCUGGAGUGCAUGUCAAACUGCCCCGCCUAAGCAAGGACCCUCGCUUCUCCAAGAUCCUAGAGAACUUGCGGCUACAGAAAAGAGGCACUGGCGGAGUGGACACAGCUGCUGUGGGGGGCACUUUUGAUAUCUCUAACCUGGACAGACUUGGCCAGUCAGAGGUCCAGCUGGUCCAGACGGUCAUUGAUGGAGUGACCUACCUGAUUGAGUGUGAGAAGAAGCUGGAAAAAGGCCAAGACAUCAAGAUACCUGCUCCUAUUAGACAGAUGAAGUAGACGGGCUCUAACUUCAUCCCAUUACACCCAUAAUAACAGCCAUCUGAAAUUAUACUACUGUAAACGUCAUGCAGCAUGCCAUCUAUGUGUUGUGUCUCUGCAGCUCAGCUCCUUACAUUAGAUUGUGUACUGUAUGAAUGUGUUAAUGUGACAUUACUGUUCUGUCACAUACCACCAUUUUUAAAUUGAUUAUGCUGCAAUAAUAACAUUAUAACCUUUACUGACAUAGGCAGUUGACAAACAUAUGAAUGUUUUUUUGUGACAAAAUGCUACAUUAUAUAAAGUGCUUAUUGACAAAUA